CAUGAUCACAGAACUCUGUCUCCAGUGCUGCACACAGACGGGCACCUCUCAGUACCCGAGCAUUUGAAACAAAAUAGGCAAAAUAAAGGAGAAGAACACUCAGCCCCGAGUAGGGAUUAAAAGAAGAGAGGAAUAUUCACUCUUAUUUCUGAGCCCUCAAAAGAUAUCGUUCGCUUGCUAUAUCUUAACGCCCUGCAUAGAGAGUAUUUUAAUCUAUGUAUGUAAUAUGUAUACGCACGUUAUAAUGCGCGCUAGCAUUGGAUUAGUAGGUUUCUGCCUGGUUGCCUUUGUCCAACAGCCAGCUCGCGCUUUGGGAAGCAAAUCCUCUCAAGAUGUGGACGAGUGUGCCGAGGCUCUGGAUAACUGCAGCAUCGAUGCCAUCUGUCAGAACACCCUAAAGUCAUACAAAUGCAUCUGCAAAUCGGGCUACACGGGCGACGGCAAGCGCUGCGGAGACAUCGACGAAUGUGAAAGUGAAUAUAACGGAGGCUGUGUGCACGAGUGCAUCAACAUCCCGGGAAACUACAGGUGCACCUGCUACGAUGGCUUCCGUCUGGCCCACGAUGGCCACAACUGCUUGGACGUGGACGAGUGCUCAGAGGGGAACGGCGGAUGCCAGCAGAUCUGCGUCAACAUGAUGGGCAGCUAUGAGUGCCGCUGUCGAGAAGGCUUCUUCCUGAGUGACAACCAGCACACCUGCAUCCAGAGGCCAAAAGAAGGACUGAAGUGCAUGGAUAAGAACCACGGCUGUGCCCACAUCUGCAGAGAAACACCCAAAGGAGGCAUUGCUUGUGAGUGCAGGCCAGGGUUCCAGCUCACCAAAAACAUGAGGGACUGCAAGUUGACGUGUAACUAUGGCAAUGGGGGUUGCCAGCACACCUGCGAGGACACAGACCAGGGGCCCAAGUGCGGCUGCCACAUGAAGUUCGCCCUGCACUCUGACGGAAAGACAUGUGUAGGGGAAAGGAGUAUCCAGCAGCAGGCAGUCCCCCAGCUGUUACCCAAUGAAACGUGCGCUGUGAAUAACGGAGGCUGUGACAGCACGUGUCAUGACGCAGUGACUGGAGUACGCUGCAGCUGUCCCGUGGGCUUCACCCUGCAGCCUGACCGCAAGACCUGCAAAGACAUAGACGAGUGUCGGCUGAACAACGGGGGAUGUGACCAUGUAUGCCGAAAUACGGUGGGCAGUUUCGAGUGCAGCUGCAAAAAGGGCUACAAGCUGUUGACCAAUGAGAGGACCUGCCAAGAUAUAGACGAGUGCUCCUUUGAUCGAGCCUGCGACCACUCCUGCGUCAACUCCCCCGGAAGCUUCCAGUGUUUCUGCCACAAAGGAUAUGUCCUUUAUGGCCUUGCACACUGUGGAGAUAUUGAUGAGUGCAGUAUUAACCGUGGGGGUUGUAAGUUUGGCUGUAUCAACACGCUGGGCAGCUACGAUUGUACCUGCCCACCUGGAUACAAACUCCACUGGAACAAAAAGGACUGUGUCGAGCUGGUGAAAUGCGUCUCCAGUUUAGUAUCUCCCAAGGCAACUCUGACCUGUAGCAAAACUGGGAAAAGAGAGAGCUGCUCCCUCACCUGUGCCUCUAAAGCUCACUAUCUGGCAGAGUCUGAUAGCAGCUAUACAGUGAGCUGUGGAAUCCCAAUACUACGAGGGAAAACACCCACCAGACUCAACACCAGCUACAGCCACAGCUGCAUAGAGACUCUGGCCCCUCCAGUGAAGCAGACCACCUCCUUCAAGAUCAAAGACGCAAAGUGCCACCUGCACCCCAAGCUGAAGGGGCGGGUGGACGAGGGGGGGCGCACGCUCGGGCCAGGAGGCGCGCAGCCCUGCACUAACUGCCUGGUCACAUUCGUCAACCUCAAGUGCGACUCGUCCAAGAAGACCAAAGGUCGGCGUGCCCGCAACCCCAGCAGUAAGGAGGUGACCCGCAUCACCCUGGAGCUGGAGGCCGAGGUGAAGGCAGGUGACACCACAGGAAGCUGCAACCUGAGCUGUCUGCGGCAGCGAAUGGAGAAGCAGGUCAAGUCCUACAUCAAGGCCCUGAAGAAGUCCAUCAACCAGGAGCGUUUCCUCAUCCGCGUGGCCGGCCUGGAGUACGAAGUGGCUCAGAAGCUGCCGCAGGUGGGAGAGAGGCAGGAGAACUGUGGACCAGGACGGGAGAAGGACAGCGGCCGCUGUGUCAGAUGUUUGCCCGGGUCCUACUACCAUGGUGAGCAGGAUCGCUGCAUCCAGUGCCCUCCAGGUACCUUCCAGGAGAGGGAGGGACAGUUAGCCUGCGACCUGUGCCCUGGCAGCGACGGGCACGGCCCUGUCGGUGCCCGCAACAUCACUUCCUGUGCAGGCCAGUGCCCGACUGGGUACUACUCCAGCGACGGGUUUAAGCCCUGCCAGCCGUGCCCGCAGGGCUCCUACCAGCCUGACCCAGGCCGCACUCUCUGCUUCCCCUGUGGAGGGGGGCUGAGUACCAAACGGGAAGGGGCCAGCUCCUUCCACGACUGCGAGGCCAAAGUCCAGUGUUCUCCUGGGCAUUACUACAACACCACGGUUCAUCGGUGCAUUCGCUGCCCUCUCGGCACAUACCAGACUGAGUUCCGGCAGAACUACUGUAUCUCCUGCCCUGGCAACACCACCACCGACUUUGAUGGAGCCACCUCUGUUUCCCAGUGCAAGAACAGGGAGUGUGGGGGAGAGAUGGGCGAGUUUACUGGCUAUAUUGAGUCACCCAACUAUCCAGGAAACUACCCCGCUAAUGUGGAAUGCACCUGGAACAUCAACCCCCCACCUAAACGCAAGAUUCUCAUCGUGGUGCCAGAGAUAUUCCUGCCCUCAGAGGAUGAGUGUGGAGACGUACUGGUUAUGAGGAAGAACUGGUCGGCCAGCUCCAUCACCACGUAUGAGACGUGCCAGACGUACGAGCGGCCCAUCGCCUUCACCGCCCGCUCCCGCCGCCUCUGGAUCAACUUCAAAUCCAAUGAGGCCAACAGUGCCCGUGGCUUCCAGAUCCCAUACGUCACCUAUGACGAGGACUAUGAACAGCUGGUGGAGAACAUUGUGAGGGAUGGAAGACUCUAUGCCUCUGAAAACCACCAAGAAAUCCUCAAGGAUAAAAAGUUGAUAAAGACCCUGUUCGAUGUGCUGGCCCACCCACUCAACUACUUCAAAUACACCACCAGGGAGUCCAACGAGAUGCUGCCCCGCUCCUUCAUACGCCUCAUCAGCAGCAAAGUCUCAGAAUUCCUGCGGCCAUACAAGUAGUCCCCAGACCCCGCCCUCCCCAACACCAACAGGCCCCGCCCCGUACCUGCAGGGCUCCUAGCAACAAGACAACACGGAACUUUUACUUUUUCCAGCGGCUUUGAAAACAUACUUCACUAUGCAGACUUUCAUGUUUGGCUUUGUUUUUUUUCUUGUUUGUUUCUCCUGCUCCUCCCUCCCUCCAUGCUGCCACUCCCGGCAGAGCACCUCCCAUCAAAAUCACGUCACACUUAGACUUAGUAAGACUUUUGUGUCCUGUAUGAAUAUUUGUGUUUAUGUGGUUGUUUUGUUUUUGUUUGUGUUAUCUUUCCUACCUGAGAAGAACCCCCCUGACCCCCACCUAGCAUUUGGCUGCUAUUUGCAGUUGGGUCAACUGUCACACUCCUAAAAUAAUAAUCUCUUAUUACAGUAAUAAGGGAGUAUUAAACAUUUCAAAAGAAAUGUCGUGCUUAGCCAUGGUGAGGGAGAAGCAAAAUGCUUUUCUUUUCAUCAGAGUAUUUCAUUAGGAGUACUUUGACAAGCAAGCAGUGAUGAAUUAUGAAUUAUGAAUAUUAAAAGAUGAAUGUACUGGCCAUUUGGUAUGCCCUGUUAAUGGGAUCUACACCUGGCAUGUACUGUACAGUGCAAUCUCUAAGGAUUUGGACAGUGGUACAAUUUCUGUUUUUUUGGCUCUCUACUCCAGCACAUUGGAUUUGAAAUGAAAUGAGGUGCAGACUGUCACAGCCAUGGAGUGUAUACUUUUCAUGCAUAUUCCCUCCAUUUUAGGGGAACAAAAGUAAUUGGACAGUUGGCCUCUCAGCUGUUUCUGAUUAGUCAGUGUAUUCAAUCGCUUCCAUAGUGCACGUAUGAGAAAGCUUUCAGUAUCUAGUCUUGAUUCUAGGCUUUUGAUUGCCUUUGAAGUCUGUUUUUGCCAUUUGUCAAGACCAGUGUCCUCAUGAGCCAAUGACAGUGAAGGAAGCAAUUAUGAGGGUGAGAAAUGGGAAAAAAAAUUGAGACAUACGCCAAACAAUAUGCUUACCAGAAGAAAUUGUUAAGAACAACAUUGAAGUGUAAAGGUAUGCAAAUAUGUGAAUGUCUGCAAACUACAUUGAAUGGCGUUAUUAUGGUAUGUAUUAAACAUCAGUAAAAUUUGAGAAACCAAAUGCAUUGCAGUAUCAAAUUAUAUCAGUCCAAACAUUUCCAUCUGUCCCUUUGUGGGGAUUAAAUGGGUGGUUACUGUAUUACCAGGAUGGCUGUUCAAGUGGAAAAACGUUUUGGUGUUUUUGCUACCCAACGGUGUUCUUUCCUCCCAACGGUGUGCAACGUUUUGCAACGGGCGUCAAGUUAUAUUUUCUGCCAUUUGGUGGGUGUUUAAAUAAAUGCUUUUCUACGAUUUGUCGGGGCUGAAUGUGACCCAGACUCUAUUGGGUCGGGUCUUUGAUGACAUCAAGUAUUCCCUGACCAAUAAAUGUUCCAGUCUCAUUGUAUAUCUCCUCCCAUAGUUUCAUGGGAUUUGUAUAUAGAGAUUUUUUAUAGAUAGAUUUGUAGCAUGAGCUAUGUGGCAUAAUGGUGGUGUAGUGGAUCGCCACACAACAACAAUGUCAAGGGUUCGAAUCCCAACUGGGUGGCUUUUCUGUGUGGAGUGCCCUUUCUGUUUUCAGCUCUUAAUCCCUCUGCCAACCUUAUCCAUCCCCCAGUCUCCCACCAAUACAAUUUACUUGUGGGUGGUAGAUUUUGGGAGGAGUUGAGGAGAGAGGAGGUGGGGUGGUGAGGCAGUCCGGAUCACACCCAGACAAUCCUGACAUUUUCAAUACAGAAUUUAUCACUGACUUGAAAGCAACUUUACAGUCACUUUAAGAGGAAAGAGAGCACUGGUGAUCUUAGUAAUUACAAAGGACAUGGUAGAGCAAAUAAGAACUAUACAGUAGAUGGACCAAGAAUUUAUGCCGUAAUGAAGCAAACCCCCCCAAACUCCUGUCCAACUGAUCGGAAACACUCCCCAAGGGGCAGUUGUGGAUGUGUCAGUAACUACUGUCCACAGAAGACCACAAACAGAGACUACACUGCAAGAUGCAAACCACAAGAUGUUAGCCGCAAAAACAGGAUGGCCAGGUUACAGCUUGCUAAGAACCUAAAAGAGCCCGCAGAGUUCUGGAAAAAGGUCUUGUGGACAGAGAAGACCAAGAUUGACUUGCGUCAGAGUGAAGGCAAGAGCAAAUUGUGGAGGCUAAAAGGAACUGCUCAAGAACCAAAGCACUUAUUCUCAUCUGUGAAACAUGGGCUGUAGUUUACCCUGAUCACCCUGUAUAGAUGCAAAUACCCUAAAAUUAAAAGUGACAGUAUGCCCUUUAAUCUCACAUUCAUUGUUCCAUUUCAAAUCAAAUGUGCUGGAGCCAAAUGAACAGAAAUUGUACCACUGCCCAAAUGUAUUACUGACUGCUCUGUAUGAACAGGCCUCCCUACAAGAGUGUAUUGUAAUGGAAAUACAGCUGCCAGUUCCAGCCCAGCUCCAGCUCUUACCAAGUCCCAAGUCAUUUAUCCUUUAAUAAUUGUAUGAUAUUCUAUGACCUCUACCAUUCUCUUCUAAAGUAGGGUCUUUUCUUUCUUUCCACAAUUCAUACAUUUCAUAGCAUUCAAAGCCAAAUGUUAUGAGCUCUUAGAGCAAUUUUCUUAUUAAGAUAUUGCUGUAAAACAGUUAUUUUUUGUAUCUGUUCUAUUUGUUUGGAUUGUAUUAUUGUCUGUUGCUUACUUUUAGAACUAUUACUUUAUAUUCCAAUUAACUAACUUAUCAAAGCGAAGACAUAGGAUUGUUUUUUUUUUGUUUGUUUUUUUCGAACAUAAAAUGAUAAAAUCUUUGGGAAAAGGAACAGAGCUGUAAGUGUGGGGGCAGCGUUGUCAUGGUGCUCCACACUGUGAACUGUCUUUGCUGCUCACUCCGAAAGGUCACUUUAAAACGUCAGUCCCAUCUUUUGACCUUGUGUUUCAGCCUCCUUCCCUCAGAAAACACAUCAUUGCUGUAAAAGGUUGCAUUUAAAGCGGCGAUUAAAGGAUAGACCGGAUUCUGGCACACGUAGGCAGGUCAGUUAUGGAUGACAGUCGAGCUAUGAUCCCAAGACCGCACUAAUGUGCUUAUUUUGCAUGCUGUGGAAGGACAUGCUUUCUAUGGUAAAGCAGUUUUAUUGUUUUCAUUAAAUAUUGUAACUGACAAACAGGCUUAGACGAGGGUUGCGCCAGAGGGUUGACUUCCCCAGAGCACAACCCUAAAUUAUGUACUGCCCCCGCCCCACCCAUCCUACUACUCACUAAUUCCAAAGAAGACAUAACUUCUCCCCUUCCCUCUAUCUCAAAACUAUUCUGUCCCAUUAAAACCAGCUCUUCCAAAGACUGCCCCCAAUGGCAGGACAAAUUAUUAUCUUGUGCACUAGAUCAAGACCUGUCACCCUACCUUUGUUGUAUGUGCAAUGAAUUUAGUCCCCAUAUAUCCUUUCCUGUGCGUAAAAAACCAAGAACAAUAUUUAAAACUGCCAAAACUGUAUAAUGGAAUGUCUUAAUUUUAUGUUUAAAAAGAAUUUAUUCUUAGGAGUAAUUAUAAAAUAUAGUGACUAGAUUUUGGUUUUGCCUUUUAAAAAAGAAAAAAAAAUAUUGCAUCCCUUACACUGAAAUUUACACAAAAGAUUGAAUAAUCAACAAUAUAAGUGUACAUAAAUGUAUUUCGGAAUCGACACCAGUUAUAUUUUGAGAACGACUAAUUGUUUUUGAGAUGCCAUUUGAACAGAAAAUGUAUUUCUGUACUUCAGUAUUUGCUUUCAUAUUUUCAGGAGUCAAUACGUACUUUAAUCCAGAUCAUGGUUUUCAUUGUGAAUAAAGAAGAUAUAACUCUGGGUGGUGCACCCUUCAUCAUUCACCAAACAGUGAUCUGUGUAAUCAUUGCUGGUUCAAAGACAAAAAAGGCAAGGAUGUUGGACUCCCGGACUGACUUCAGUAGAGGCACAGCUAGUUGUCCUUGUCAUGCUCACCCAUUAGUAAAGCUGAAGCUUUAGUAGAAAUGCCAUUGAUGUAUUCUUUUGAAUGUUCAGAAGGGCAACCUUCAAAUUUUAUUAUGUUGCCUCCGGUAUUUAUAUCUGCUUUGUUUUUGGUUAUUUCUUUAUAGAUAUCAUAAUUCCACCCAUCCCUCUUCCCACCUCUUUCACCACCACUCCCUGCUCCUGUCUCCUAUUCGUCCCCUUUCCCUGCAGACUCACAGAUCCCCCUCAUCCUUUUCUGAAACUGAACACAUGGAUAUGUUUUUUUUUUUUGUUGGUUUGGUUGUUUGUUUCUUUUUUUGCUUUUUAAAAUAAGAGUUUGCUAUGAUUUAUCAUAGAGUCUAUAAUGGUAUUUGCACUUGAAAGUUGUUAUUGCUCAUGUAAAAAGUGUCUGGAUUUUGUAUUUUGUCUUUUUUUAAAUGAAUGGAAUUGGUGUUCUUAA